AUGGGUCUAAGUGAUCGCUACCCUGCCUAUGGUGGUCGUGGUCCCAGUGACCUUCGACUGGGUCUCGGUCUAGGUGCUGUUGCCACCAUUUUUAUGGCACUACGAGUUUAUGUGAGACUUCGUGUUAACAAGUUUGGAACAACGGCCUUGAUCUGGUCUCUUAUUGCCUGGUUUUUCACGGUGAUCACCCAAACUUUUGGUGUUAUCUCCAUUCUCCACGGUCUAGGAAACCAUAUCAAAGUUGUUGAGGAUGAAGGACAACUGGGUAACUACCUGUUGUUCACAUGGAUCACGGUCUUCUUCUUCAACAUGGCCAUUCCAAUUGGAAAGGUCGCCGUCGCGGCAUUUUUAAUUGAGAUGAAUUCACAAGGCAAUCUUAAGAUCCGUCGCAGUCUAGUCGCCGUCGCCGUGAUCAACAUCGUCUUCAACAUCCCACAAGUUCUCCUUGCCUGGUUCCAAUGCAGUCCACCAAACGCUCUAUGGAACCCCAACGAACAAGAUAAAUGCAACCACGCCACAAGUGUCCACUACACCUAUUUCGUCGGAGCCGUCGCCGCUCUUUCAGAUUUCUACCUCGCCAUCAUCCCCGCAACCAUGCUCGCCCCACUCCGAAUCGACCGCAAGUUGAAAUGGGGUCUCAGUUUCCUGAUGGGAUGUGGUGUAUUCGCCGGAGCAGCAGCCAUCGUCCGAACAUGGGCCGCAAGUUACAUCAUGAGCGCAGACCCUUCAUACGGUGUUGGUACUCUCUUCCGUUGGGGUGAAGUCGAGGAAUGGGUCGUCCUUAUUUCCAUGUCCAUCCCACCUGUCUGGCCCUUAUUCCGCCCACUUACAACCCGCUUCAUCAAGUCCACUGGAAUGUCGCGCAGUCCGCAUCAAUACAUGCAGUAUAAUCAGUAUGGAUCUCGGGGUGCGCCACUUGGAUCCACUGCUGGUGCUGCACCGCCGAUCAUUACAACUACGAUCUCUAUUUCCUCGACAAAGGGUGUCUCGGCUGCUGCGGAGCCUGUUGGUACUUCUUCAUCAUCCGCCGAAUCUAUUACUAGAUACGAUGAGGAGGAGCCUGAGACGCCGCAUACUGUUUUGAGUGGGAAUGGUGAUCCUGAGGGUUGGGUGGAGAUGUCUCAUUAUAAGAAUCGUCGUCAUUCAUGA